UGCGCCAGGUCAGACCGGCAUCGAAACCCCCCAAAACCGACAUAAAGAGGAGGAGUCGAGCGAGUGGCGCGAAGACGUCCGGUUGCCAUGGUUACAGCCUCCCUCGAAAGGCACGCGCCCGUGCGCGCGCACGUUCGCGAGAGGCGAGCCGGUUUGGACGGGAGCUGGAUGGCGACCGCCCGGCACACCUGACCGAGGACCCUCAGCGGAAGGGAUGGAGGCGCCGCGCGCAAGCGGACGGGCAAGGUCGUAGGGGGGGGCGGCGGAGGAAGGACGGCCGCCGCGUGACCACUCUUGCGGUCCCCCGGGCACGAUGACGUCGCAGGAGGAGGCCUCUUCGACCUCGCGCGGCUUUUUCCACGACGUGGAGGAGCGAUGCCUUCGGACCUACGACCGCCUGGUCAUCCAGAACGCUUCGGACAUCGCCAGAGAGAGCGACCGCCUUCGAAACGAUGCCGACCGGGAGAAAAAACAGAAGAAGAAACGUCAAGGGGAGGCCAUCAAAAGGCCCGAGGAGGAGGCGUCGGGCGCGGCGGACGGGGCCUACCGCGGCAAACAUUUGCGAAUGGGUUUGGCGGAUCUGCCGCCCGCUCCCGGCCAGGCCUUGGGCGUCCGCUCUCAGUCCCUCGACUCGGUGGGCGGCGACGCCGACGAGCGCAAGCAGCCGCCGCCCAAACCCAAGAGGGAUCCCGGCACCAAACUCAGCGGCAGCUCCGAGGCGCUCCACGCGCAAGACGAAGGUGAGCGCCGUCCCGCCGCCGCCUUGGUCGGGACGCCGCUGGGCGGGGCCGCCACUGUCGGCCCUUUCGGGCCGACGCGGUUCUCUUUCGCGCUCCGUCUUCGUCCUCCGCGACGCUCGGCCGAUGCUUGUCUUGUGUGCUCGCAGUUCACUCCCACCUGUGCCGAGGACUGGAGGAGGACGCCUCCGCCCAAACCCAAGCGCAACCCCGACACGCAGCUCAGCUCCUCCUUCGACGAAGGCGGCGCGGGCGGCCGCGGCAAGGAGACGUCGCCCGGGCGCGGCCGCUCCCCGGCUCCCCGAGAUGAGCCCGAGUCCGUUUACAUCGAAAUGGCCGCAAACGUGGCGGCGGAAAGUCGGGACGACCCGGACGAGUCGGUGUACGAGGAAAUGAAAUACUCGGAGUCGCGCGCGUCUCCGCGCCGCAUCCCUCAGCCUUUUCCCAACCUCCUGACGCACCGGCCGCCGCUGCUGGUCUUCCCGCCCUUCCCGCCUCCGCGCUCGCCCAACUCGGACGAGUCGCCGCUGACCCCCGUGGACGUCACCCGACUGUCGAUGGCGGGCAAGAGGGCGGGGCACCCCGGAGGCUCCAAAAGGGGCGCGGACCAAGAGGAGCGGCCGCCCGCUCGCAACGUCGCCCCUUCGGGCCGCUCCUCGGCGCCGCCCUCGGCCCCGUCGACGUCCGCCCAACGGCCGGCCGCCGCCGAGCGGAGGAGCGGGCGCGGCGCCGAAGAAUUCAAGCGUUUGCAUCCGCUUGGUCGCUCGUCGUCGGCGUCGGGGGCGCCCUCCACGCCGCGAGACCAUCCCGCCCUCGGCCAGAUGCCGUGGCUGUGCGGGGACGUCACCAUGAUGGAGACCAUCGAGAAGAAACGAGUUUUGUGCGGCGAGAUCAAAAGUCGCCGGCGAGCCGACAAGAACCCGGGCCAACGGGACGCCCUCCCCGCCGGGGCGCCCGCCCACAGGAGGAAACAGCCGCCGCCGUACCCGGCGGCCGUCUUGUGGGACACCGCCAUCUGAGCCGGCUCGGCGUCUCCUUGUCUGGCGUCGGCGCGCGACGCAAUCCUCCUCGGAGAAGCGGCGGGCCGACGGCGACGGCGGAAACGCGCCACCGAGGCGAGCCCGCCUCAAAAGAGGAGAGGCCGCUACCCCGGCGCAAGGCCCCGCGUUUUGAAAGCCAGAGUCGGAGUUUCGGUGAGAAGGCUGACUUACGGCACACUUGCUUCGUUUCAACGUGCGAGCCGGGAGGUCGUUUGCGGCCCCGCCCCCGUUCUUGCGCAGCCCGCGGCGUCGGCGCUUUUCAGAAGGCUCGACGCCAAGACUCUGACGGCGGGCGCAUCCACGACUGUCCUUCGUUCUGCUGACACAAGAGUUUCAAAUGAAACGCACGUUGACCAACGUGCGCGGUCACGAGAUGGCUGCACUCGGCUUCCAAACCGGCAAAGCACCUUCGCCGGAAGACGAUCGUGGAGAGAAACCGAGACGUGUUUGCUGAGCAUCGCUAACGGCAAAGCGUUUGCUAGCGCAGGCGAACCCACGCGCCGCUGCAACCGGCCGCGUUCUCGGACCGAAAUUCAGCCUGGGAAUUUUGUUCGACGGUCACCCCGCCGCCCGACACGGGCCCGAUGGUCGUCGCCGAAUGGUGGGCGUCGUACGGCGGGCUCCAAAAGUGAAUUCGGACGACAAACCAUCGCUCCAACGCACAAGAUGU